AUGGCGGUCUUCUUAAACGACUCGGACAUUGGUCCCGCCAAGGCGACUCUGUUGUGUGGCAUUGCCGGAGUCGUUCUGAGCUCUAUAUUUUACAGCAUGAACACAACCAUCAACUAUUUGACCUUCCCGACAAUUCUUCUGGCGAGCAGCGUGCCGCACCUGAAUCGACAGUGGCAGGAGAUAUACUUUCGAGGACACCACGUCGGCCCAGCGUUGGCCAUCAUAGGAGGAACUGUGUUCAGCACCGCUUCAUACCUUGCUGAUCAGGGGUUUGCCAAGCAAGUCUUCGCAGCGGCUACUGUAUCAUCAUUUGCCAUCAUUCCCUACACCCUUUUUUUCAUGGUCUCGACCAAUGACGAGCUUCAUCGGCGCUCAUUCGCCAUCGCGAAAGAUCCGUUGACUUCGGAUAACAUGGAUGAAACAGAGACGGCUAUUCUACUGUCAAAAUGGCUUUCUUUGAACAAGACUCGGGCAAAAAUUUCAUUAUUAAGUGCAUGCCUCGGUACCAUCGUCCGAAUCUACUCCCUCACAAACUUCAAGCUCCUCUCCACAAUAACCGGAGGCCACAAACGCAGCGUCCGCACGGCUGCCUGGAAACCACACAUAUCCGGCGAAAGCGUUCUCGCCACGGGCUCCUUCGACGCAACAGUCGGUAUCUGGAGACGAUGGGAUAAUUACGGCACCAACACCACCGAAGACCACACCAACCUUACAGAUGACGGUUUAGUCGACGCCGACGCUGACGCCGAAGAUGAAGAAUGGCGCUUCGCCGUCCUCCUAGACGGCCACGAUUCCGAAGUAAAAUCCGUCUCCUGGUCUCCCUCAGGAAUGUUACUCGCAACCUGCGCACGAGACAAAUCAAUCUGGAUCUGGGAAGAUCUCGAUGACGGCGAUAACAAUUUCGAAACUGUCGCCGUGAUGCAGGAACAUGGUGGUGAUGUGAAAUGCGUUUCUUGGCACCCUGUUGAAGAGUGUCUUGCGUCUGCGGGAUACGAUGAUACGAUUCGGCUUUGGAGGGAGGAUCUUGAUGAUUGGGGUCAGGUUGCUUGUAUCAAGGGCCAUGGGGGGGACGCAGCAGCAGCUUCUACAGCAGCUUCUGCAGAGCUGCAACGCCAAUGGCGUGAACAAGUUGCCCUCUCCGGUCCAAGACUAGUCACCUGCUCCGACGACCGCACAGCGCGAAUUUGGCGCCGAGUUCCGAAAGAAAGUGCCAGUGCGGCGGCGCUGUCUUCUGCCGCGACGGGAAUUCCGAGUAUCAUUCGGCCGACGGGCACGGACGAGAAUUGGGAGGAAGAUGCUUUGCUUCCUCAUGCGCAUGAGUUGGCUAUUUAUGCUGUUGCUUGGAGUCGGCGGACGGGAAUUAUUUCGUCUGUUGGUGCUGAUGGGCGGAUUGUGCUUUAUGAAGAGCGAUUCGUGGAGGCUGGGCCUAAUACCUCUGAUGCUGGUGCUGGUGCUGAUGCUGAUGCUAUGGAUACGACUGAUGACGCCGCUCCGUCUUCGUCUUUGCGGACGGAGUGGUCGAUUGUUGCAGUUGUGGAUGGGGCGCAUGGGAUUUAUGAGAUUAAUCAUGCGGCUUGGGCGAAGAGGGCGGAUCGGGGUUCUGAGAGUACUGCUACUGGUACUAGUGAGGAGGAAGUGCUCGUUACGACUGCGGAUGAUGGGAGUGUCAAGGUGUGGAGUUUCCAGCGGUAA